AUGGAUGACUCUUCUGAUUCUGACAUUGCAUCCUCCAACAUGUUUUCUAUGCUCCAUUUCUCAUCCUCUUCCCCUCCCACUAUCACUCUGCUCUCAGAUGACAGUGAUUUGAAGCUGUUGUUGAAGUCAUCCCAUAAGUGUACUUGUGAAAUGCCUGCCAACCAACUCUCCUCGAAUCUUGCAUCUGCCUCCAUGAGCUUCAUACAGCAGUUCCAACAGGCACAACAAGAGAGGUCAGAGGCAAAACAUCACUGUCUCCAGUACAGCUACUGGAAGGAGAAUGAGAAGGCCAACAGCCACCUGGCUGAACAUCAGCACCAGCUUGUGAUGCAGCAUGAGCAGUAUGCCCAUGAGGAGGCUAUGGCAGCUCAGGAGCUAGAGAAGAUGAAAUUCAUGGUGAAGUUGGAAGAGCUUUGGGGGCAGAACCUAGCCCUGCAGAGGGGUGUAGCUGGUGGUGAGGACCAAGGCCCUUCAUUGACUAAUGAAGGUGUUCACAAACUCAACAACAGUUUAUGA